GCUUUGCAAUAUAAUUUCAACGCAUGUUUUUUUUGAGGACGGGAGGGGCGGUGCCUCAGCUGGAUUCUAUGAAGUGUCUCGUGGCGGAGGCAAACUCUGCCAUAGUCUUCAUGUGAGAGAGAAGUCCCCUCCUCCUCCUUCAUCUCCUCCUUCUCCGCUACGGUUAACGGAGAACUUCUGCAGCGAAAAGACAAGAAAGAGGACCUAGUGCAAACAUUUUUGACCGUGCCGUGGAGCGGUGGUCCGGCGUGCGGCCGCGGCAGAGUUGUGCAGGUCGGCCCGGUUGUCUUUGAUUCACCUACCGUGGUUGGAAGUUUUACACCGAAGAUAAAGCUGAAGACGCACAUCAGACCGGCCCCUGACCUGUCUACCAACACUCUGUCUUCAAGGCCAUGUGUCCACACAGAUGUCAAUCCCACCAUUUUAAAUGUUAGUAAAACUUGAGCACAUUUUGCUCGGCUGGUCAAAGAGGAAAAAGAGGAAAGGCACUGGAAGAUGUCGCUGUGGAUGAUCCUGCCUGUUAGUCUCCCAGCUCUCACCAUCACUGGAAUAUGGGUCGUGUACGCCAUGGCCUUGUACAACCAACACGUCUGCCCUGUGGAUAACUGGUUGUACAACCAGUCUUGUGAAGAGGAGCUUUAUUUGCAGAGCGGUCCAACCUUGUGCUGCACAUUAGACAAUGUACCUCUCAUCAGUAAAUGUGGAACUCUUCCCCCUGAGAGCUGCUUCUUCAGCCUUAUCUGCAGCACAGGCUCCUUCAUGGUGAUGGUCAUUGUUCUGCUCCGUUACGCACAUGUGAUAGAGAAGCAUCAGAACUGUGUUCUCAACACAGCAAGUCUCUCCACAGGCUGGAUCUGUGCCGCCGGACUCAUCAUGGUCGGAAAUUUCCAGGUGGACAAUGCCAAGAUCCUCCACUAUGUGGGAGCAGGAAUUGCCUUUCCUACUGGAAUGCUGUUUGUGUGCCUGCAGUCGGCGCUGACUUACCGACUGGCCAAGACCCAGGGGGAGUACUACGUGGCCCACCUCCGGCUCUGCAUGACCCUGCUGGCCUUUGUGGCCUUGGUGCUCAGCGGAGUCUUCUUCUGUCAGGAGAGCUUUGUCCUCCAACAUGCAUCGGCCGUAUUCGAGUGGGUCUUCUGUGUCACUGUCAUGCUUUUCUACGGGACGUUUGCUUUUGAGUUUGCCAGCAUGUCGGGAGACACCAUGGCGGUGCUGGCCAGAGGAGGGGCGCUGGGACCUGCUGGGAGAGAACAUAAGGUGGACACCAUGGGAGGUCACUCUCAGUCACAUCCCCUCCAAGCAGAAAACAUGUCCAUGCUGUAGACUGGGGACAUGUGGACGGCACACAGAUGGCUGGUUUUGUUCUUUUCAUCCUUUGGUUGUAGAAUGAAUUUAAUUAUUCCAUUCUAGCCACACUCUUCUGAAGCUUUGAAGUAAACGAGGCCGGUGCAGCAGCCGUUCAGGGCAGAGAGAAUUUCACCGAUGAUCGGCUGCUCAGCGCCCGUUGACUCUCACUCUGAAGAAUUUGUUCGUAUUUUGCACGUCGAAGGUGUGACACCAACUCUCUCUCUCUCCGAAACUCUGCCCUUUCCAAACAUUCCAGGAGACAAAGUUUAUCGAUUAAUCAGUUAGGAAAACAUUCCUAUGGAUAAAACCCUGUUGAUAUUACAGUAUAUGGAAUGGUGACUGUUCACCACUUCACUGCCAAAAUCAUUUCAUAGAAAGGAAGUAAAUGCUGCUGGUCAGCCUGGCUGACAGUGUUACAGGGCUGAGACUCAUGCAGAGGUUUGUAUACGAAUGUUACGGAUGUCAAGGUCUGGCUCGAAAAAUCAGACAUAUCUAAUCUAGUAUUAAUGUUUCAGACUUACGUUGAAGUCUGUUUUCCAAUCAUUUAAACUUGCUUUAAGCAGUAUAUAUAUAUUUGCAAAUAACAAAUCAAAGGAUUGUAAAAUCAUCCUUCCUACACAUGAACAUCUGACUCUGCAUGAGUAUAACUUACUUUGUCACAAGAAGGCAACGAGUUUGCACCAUAGGA